AAUGUGAUGCCUCUAUCGGCGGGAUUAUUCAAGAGCGAGCACAAAAAUCCUGUGCCACAGUGUCCACCGCGUCUCCACGUGCAAUUUCUAUCCCAUGUCCUGUGGAGCAGGAUGCCCAACCAGUUCCUGAAGGUCGAUGUCUCUCGAAUAAGUGAGCGCCAAGGCUGGCUGGUGCAGUGUUUGGAUCCUCUGCAGUUCAUGUCUCUUCAUAUCCCGGAGGAGAACAGAUCUGUGGACAUACUGGAGUUGACAGAGCAGGAGGAGCUGCUAAAAUUCCACUAUCACACUCUCCGGCUUUACUCCGCUGUCUGCGCUCUUGGGAACCAUCGGGUGGCGCACGCUUUGUGCAGCCACGUGGAUGAACCUCAGCUGCUCUACGCCAUCGAGAACAAGUACAUGCCCGGUUUGCUGCGCGCGGGCUACUAUGACCUGCUGAUUGACAUCCACCUUAGCUCCUACGCCACGGCCAGGCUCAUGAUGAACAGUGAAUUCAUCGUGCCCAUGACGGAGGAGACCAAAAGCAUCACCCUUUUCCCCGACGAGAACAAAAAACAUGGCCUCCCAGGGAUUGGCCUCAGCACCUCCCUCAGGCCCCGAAUACAGUUUUCCUCCCCCAGUUUUGUAAGCAUUAAUAAUGAAUGUUACCAGUACAGUCCAGAGUUCCCGCUGGACAUCCUCAAGGCCAAAACCAUUCAGAUGUUGACAGAAGCUGUUAAAGAGGGCAGCCUUCAUGCCCGGGACCCCGUUGGGGGGACCACUGAGUUCCUCUUUGUACCUCUCAUCAAGCUUUUCUAUACUCUGCUCAUCAUGGGGAUCUUCCACAACGAGGACUUGAAACACAUCUUGCAGUUGAUAGAGCCCAGUGUGUUCAAGGAAGCCGCCACUCCGGACGAGGAGACAGACGCGCUGGACAGAGAGCCCAGCCCAGAAGAUGCCAAGCCAGAAGGAGCUGGUGAAGAAGAAGCCAAAGGGGGUAAGAGGCCAAAGGAAGGCCUGCUCCAAAUGAAACUGCCUGAGCCAGUUAAAUUGCAGAUGUGCCUGCUGCUUCAGUACCUCUGUGACUGCCAGGUUCGGCACCGGAUAGAAGCCAUUGUGGCCUUUUCAGAUGACUUUGUAGCAAAGCUCCAAGACAAUCAACGCUUCCGAUACAAUGAAGUGAUGCAAGCCUUAAACAUGUCAGCUGCACUCACCGCCAGGAAAACGAAGGAAUUUAGAUCGCCCCCUCAAGAGCAGAUCAAUAUGCUUCUCAAUUUUAAGGAUGACAAAAGUGAAUGUCCAUGUCCUGAAGAAAUCCGUGACCAACUCUUAGAUUUUCAUGAAGAUUUGAUGACACAUUGUGGAAUUGAGCUGGAUGAAGAUGGGUCUUUGGAUGGAAACAGUGACUUAACAAUUAGGGGCCGCCUGCUGUCCCUGGUAGAAAAGGUGACAUACCUGAAGAAGAAACAAGCUGAAAAACCCGUUGAGAGUGACUCCAAGAAAUCCUCCACUCUUCAGCAGUUGAUUUCUGAGACCAUGGUCCGAUGGGCGCAAGAGUCUGUCAUUGAAGACCCCGAAUUGGUGAGGGCCAUGUUUGUGUUGCUGCAUCGACAGUAUGAUGGCAUUGGGGGUCUGGUCCGGGCUCUGCCAAAGACCUACACUAUAAAUGGUGUCUCCGUGGAGGAUACCAUCAACCUGCUGGCAUCUCUUGGUCAGAUUCGUUCUCUGCUGAGUGUAAGAAUGGGCAAAGAAGAAGAGAAGCUUAUGAUUCGUGGAUUAGGGGAUAUCAUGAAUAAUAAAGUGUUUUACCAGCACCCUAAUCUCAUGAGGGCACUUGGGAUGCACGAGACAGUGAUGGAGGUCAUGGUGAACGUCCUUGGAGGUGGACAGUCCAAGGAAAUCACUUUUCCCAAGAUGGUGGCCAACUGUUGCCGUUUCCUUUGUUACUUCUGUCGUAUAAGUAGGCAGAAUCAAAAAGCUAUGUUUGAUCAUCUCAGCUAUUUAUUGGAGAACAGCAGUGUUGGUCUUGCCUCACCAGCUAUGAGAGGUUCAACACCACUGGAUGUGGCAGCCGCCUCGGUGAUGGAUAAUAAUGAACUGGCCUUAGCUCUGCGUGAGCCAGAUUUGGAAAAGGUAGUUCGAUAUUUGGCUGGUUGUGGACUGCAGAGCUGCCAGAUGCUGGUGUCUAAGGGUUAUCCGGACAUUGGUUGGAAUCCAGUUGAAGGGGAAAGAUACCUUGACUUUCUCAGAUUUGCUGUCUUCUGUAAUGGGGAGAGCGUGGAAGAGAACGCUAACGUCGUGGUGAGGUUGCUUAUCCGGAGGCCCGAGUGUUUCGGUCCUGCUUUGAGAGGGGAAGGUGGGAAUGGUCUGCUCGCGGCCAUGGAAGAAGCCAUAAAAAUAGCCGAGGAUCCUUCUCGAGAUGGUCCCUCACCAACUAGCGGGUCCAGUAAAACACUUGACACAGAAGAGCAGGAGGAUGACACUAUCCACAUGGGGAAUGCCAUCAUGACCUUUUAUGCAGCUUUGAUCGACCUCUUAGGACGCUGUGCUCCUGAAAUGCAUUUGAUUCAUGCUGGUAAGGGGGAAGCCAUCAGAAUCCGGUCCAUUUUGAGAUCCUUAAUUCCACUGGGAGAUUUGGUGGGAGUAAUCAGCAUUGCUUUUCAGAUGCCCACGAUAGCCAAAGAUGGGAAUGUGGUGGAGCCUGACAUGUCUGCGGGGUUUUGCCCAGAUCACAAGGCAGCCAUGGUUUUAUUCCUUGACAGGGUCUAUGGGAUUGAGGUUCAAGAUUUCCUCCUCCACCUUCUUGAGGUUGGCUUUCUGCCAGAUCUCCGGGCUGCAGCUUCUUUAGAUACGGCUGCUCUGAGUGCUACAGACAUGGCCUUGGCCCUCAAUCGGUACCUUUGCACAGCCGUGCUGCCUUUGUUAACGAGAUGUGCCCCUCUUUUUGCGGGCACAGAGCACCACGCUUCUCUCAUUGACUCCUUACUUCACACUGUGUACAGACUCUCUAAGGGCUGCUCUCUUACCAAAGCUCAGCGGGAUUCCAUAGAAGUUUGUUUACUCUCUAUUUGUGGCCAGUUGAGACCUUCUAUGAUGCAGCACUUACUCCGAAGAUUAGUAUUUGACGUGCCAUUAUUAAAUGAACAUGCAAAGAUGCCUCUUAAGCUGCUGACAAAUCAUUAUGAAAGAUGCUGGAAAUAUUACUGCCUGCCCGGAGGGUGGGGGAACUUUGGAGCUGCCUCCGAAGAAGAGCUUCAUUUAUCAAGAAAGUUGUUUUGGGGCAUUUUUGACGCCCUAUCUCAAAAGAAAUAUGAACAAGAACUUUUCAAACUGGCACUGCCUUGCCUGAGUGCAGUUGCGGGAGCUUUGCCUCCAGACUACAUGGAGUCAAAUUAUGUCAGUAUGAUGGAAAAACAGUCAUCAAUGGAUUCUGAAGGGAACUUUAACCCACAACCUGUUGAUACCUCAAAUAUUACAAUUCCUGAGAAGUUGGAAUACUUCAUUAACAAAUAUGCGGAACAUUCUCAUGACAAAUGGUCAAUGGACAAGUUGGCAAAUGGAUGGAUUUAUGGAGAAAUAUAUUCAGACUCAUCUAAAGUUCAACCAUUAAUGAAGCCAUAUAAACUAUUAUCUGAAAAGGAAAAAGAAAUUUAUCGCUGGCCAAUCAAAGAGUCUUUGAAAACCAUGUUGGCGUGGGGUUGGAGGAUUGAGAGAACACGGGAGGGAGACAGCAUGGCGCUCUAUAACCGCACUCGUCGAAUUUCUCAGACAAGUCAGGUUUCUGUAGAUGCUGCGCAUGGUUAUAGCCCCCGAGCCAUUGACAUGAGCAAUGUCACACUGUCCAGAGACCUGCACGCUAUGGCAGAAAUGAUGGCUGAAAACUACCAUAAUAUUUGGGCAAAGAAAAAGAAACUGGAACUGGAAUCCAAAGGAGGUGGAAACCAUCCCCUGCUGGUACCCUAUGAUACACUGACAGCCAAAGAGAAAGCCAAGGAUAGGGAAAAAGCACAGGACAUCCUCAAAUUCUUGCAGAUCAAUGGCUAUGCUGUAUCCAGGGGAUUCAAGGACCUGGAAUUGGACACACCGUCCAUUGAGAAACGAUUUGCCUAUAGCUUCCUUCAGCAACUCAUUCGCUACGUGGAUGAAGCCCAUCAGUAUAUCCUGGAGUUUGAUGGUGGCAGCAGAAGCAAAGGAGAACAUUUCCCUUACGAACAGGAAAUCAAGUUCUUCGCUAAAGUUGUUCUUCCUUUAAUUGAUCAGUAUUUCAAAAACCAUCGUUUAUACUUCUUAUCUGCAGCAAGCAGACCUCUCUGUUCUGGAGGACAUGCAUCAAACAAGGAGAAGGAAAUGGUGACUAGCCUAUUCUGCAAACUUGGAGUUCUUGUCAGGCAUAGGAUUUCACUAUUUGGAAAUGAUGCCACAUCAAUUGUCAACUGCCUUCAUAUUUUGGGUCAGACUUUGGAUGCCAGGACCGUAAUGAAGACUGGCCUAGAGAGUGUUAAAAGCGCACUCCGAGCUUUCCUGGACAACGCCGCGGAGGACCUGGAGAAGACCAUGGAGAAUCUCAAGCAGGGCCAGUUCACCCACACCCGAAACCAACCUAGAGGUGUCACUCAGAUUAUCAAUUACACCACAGUGGCUCUGUUGCCGAUGCUGUCAUCAUUAUUUGAGCAUAUUGGCCAGCAUCAGUUCGGAGAAGAUCUGAUCUUGGAAGAUGUACAGGUGUCGUGUUAUAGAAUUCUGACUAGCUUAUAUGCUUUGGGAACCAGCAAAAGUAUUUAUGUGGAAAGGCAACGUUCUGCAUUAGGAGAAUGUCUUGCGGCUUUUGCUGGUGCCUUUCCUGUAGCAUUUUUGGAAACUCAUCUUGACAAACAUAACAUUUACUCUAUCUACAAUACUAAGUCCUCAAGAGAAAGAGCAGCUCUCAAUUUGCCAACUAAUGUGGAAGAUGUUUGCCCAAAUAUACCAUCUUUGGAGAAACUCAUGGAAGAAAUUGUGGAAUUAGCCGAGUCCGGCAUUCGCUACACACAAAUACCACAUGUGAUGGAAGUCAUACUGCCCAUGCUUUGCAGCUACAUGUCCCGUUGGUGGGAGCAUGGACCUGAAAACAAUCCGGAAAGGGCUGAAAUGUGCUGCACCGCGCUGAACUCUGAGCACAUGAACACACUCCUGGGGAAUAUAUUGAAAAUCAUAUAUAAUAACUUGGGAAUUGAUGAGGGUGCCUGGAUGAAGAGGUUAGCAGUUUUCUCCCAGCCCAUUAUAAAUAAAGUGAAACCUCAGCUCCUGAAAACUCAUUUCUUGCCAUUAAUGGAGAAACUCAAGAAAAAAGCAGCGAUGGUGGUGUCUGAGGAGGACCACCUGAAGGCCGAGGCCAGGGGGGAUAUGUCCGAGGCAGAACUUCUCAUUCUGGAUGAGUUCACCACACUGGCCAGAGAUCUCUAUGCCUUCUACCCGCUCUUGAUUAGAUUUGUGGACUACAACAGGGCAAAGUGGCUAAAAGAGCCUAACCCGGAAGCAGAGGACCUUUUCCGCAUGGUGGCCGAAGUGUUUAUCUACUGGUCAAAAUCCCAUAAUUUCAAGAGGGAAGAGCAGAACUUCGUGGUACAGAAUGAAAUCAACAAUAUGUCUUUCCUUAUCACUGACACCAAGUCAAAGAUGUCAAAGGCAGCUGUCUCUGAUCAGGAAAGGAAGAAAAUGAAGCGCAAAGGAGAUCGAUAUUCCCUGCAGACUUCUCUUAUUGUAGCAGCUCUGAAGCGAUUGCUGCCCAUUGGGUUGAAUAUCUGUGCCCCUGGGGACCAGGAGCUCAUUGCUCUGGCCAAAAACCGAUUCAGUAUGAAAGACACUGAGGAUGAAGUACGAGAUAUAAUCCGCAGUAAUAUUCAUUUACAAGGCAAGUUGGAGGAUCCUGCUAUCAGAUGGCAAAUGGCUCUUUACAAAGAUUUACCAAACAGGACUGAAGAUCCAUCAGAUCCAGAGAAGACUGUGGAAAGAGUAUUAGAUAUAGCCAAUGUGCUUUUUCAUCUGGAGCAGAAAUCUACAUGUAUGCGCCGGAGAUAUUACAGUCUGGGAAGUACAGUGGAGCAUCCACAGAGAUCGAAGAAGGCUGUUUGGCACAAACUGUUAUCCAAACAGAGGAAAAGGGCAGUGGUAGCCUGCUUCCGGAUGGCUCCGUUAUACAAUCUGCCAAGGCACCGGGCUGUCAAUCUCUUUCUUCAGGGAUAUGAAAAGUCUUGGAUUGAAACAGAAGAACACUACUUUGAAGAUAAACUGAUAGAAGAUUUAGCAAAACCUGGAGCCAACCCUCCAGAAGAAGAGGAAGGCACGAAGAGAGUUGAUCCCCUCCAUCAGCUCAUCCUUCUGUUUAGUCGAACAGCUUUAACAGAGAAAUGCAAACUGGAAGAAGAUUUUUUAUAUAUGGCUUAUGCAGAUAUUAUGGCAAAGAGUUGUCAUGAUGAGGAAGAUGAUGAUGGUGAAGAAGAAGUGAAGAGUUUUGAAGUCACAGGAUCCCAACGCAGCAAGGAAAAAGAAAUGGAAAAGCAAAAGCUUCUCUACCAACAAGCCAGGCUCCAUGACCGCGGGGCAGCUGAGAUGGUGCUGCAGACCAUCAGUGCCAGCAAAGGUGAUACUGGACCAAUGGUAGCUGCAACUUUGAAACUUGGAAUUGCUAUCUUAAACGGUGGCAACUCCACAGUACAGCAGAAAAUGCUUGACUACCUCAAGGAGAAAAAGGAUGUGGGCUUCUUUCAGAGUCUGGCUGGUCUGAUGCAGUCAUGUAGUGUCCUCGACCUAAAUGCAUUUGAGCGACAAAACAAAGCUGAAGGACUUGGAAUGGUGACCGAGGAAGGAUCAGGAGAAAAGGUUCUCCAGGAUGACGAGUUCACUUGCGACCUCUUCCGCUUCCUACAACUGCUUUGUGAGGGACACAACUCAGAUUUUCAAAAUUAUCUGAGAACUCAGACUGGCAAUAAUACAACUGUCAACAUAAUCAUCUCUACCGUAGACUACCUCCUGAGGGUCCAGGAAUCCAUUAGUGAUUUCUAUUGGUAUUACUCUGGGAAAGAUGUUAUUGAUGAACAAGGACAACGGAAUUUCUCUAAAGCAAUUCAAGUAGCAAAGCAAGUCUUUAACACUCUCACAGAGUAUAUUCAGGGUCCUUGUACUGGGAAUCAGCAGAGCUUGGCCCACAGCAGGCUGUGGGAUGCAGUUGUGGGCUUUCUUCAUGUAUUUGCCCACAUGCAGAUGAAGCUGUCUCAGGAUUCCAGUCAAAUUGAGCUAUUAAAAGAAUUAAUGGAUCUUCAGAAGGACAUGGUGGUCAUGUUGCUGUCCAUGUUAGAAGGUAAUGUUGUUAAUGGAACCAUUGGCAAACAGAUGGUCGAUAUGCUCGUGGAAUCUUCCAACAACGUGGAGAUGAUUCUCAAGUUUUUUGACAUGUUCUUAAAACUAAAGGAUUUGACUUCUUCUGACACAUUUAAGGAAUAUGAUCCUGACGGCAAGGGAGUCAUUUCCAAGAGGGACUUCCAUAAAGCGAUGGAGAGCCAUAAGCACUACACGCAGUCAGAAACCGAGUUUCUUCUGUCCUGUGCAGAGACCGAUGAAAACGAGACCCUCGACUAUGAAGAGUUUGUCAAACGGUUCCACGAGCCCGCGAAGGACAUCGGCUUCAACGUUGCCGUUCUCCUGACCAACCUGUCCGAACACAUGCCCAACGACACUCGACUGCAGACAUUCCUGGAGUUGGCAGAGAGCGUCCUGAAUUACUUCCAGCCCUUUCUGGGCCGCAUUGAGAUCAUGGGAAGUGCCAAACGCAUCGAGCGGGUUUAUUUCGAAAUCAGUGAGUCCAGCCGCACCCAGUGGGAGAAGCCCCAGGUCAAGGAGUCCAAACGGCAGUUCAUCUUUGACGUGGUCAACGAAGGGGGAGAAAAGGAGAAGAUGGAGCUUUUUGUCAACUUCUGCGAGGACACCAUAUUUGAAAUGCAACUGGCAGCGCAGAUCUCCGAGUCGGAUCUGAACGAGAGGUCGGCAAAUAAGGACGAAAGUGAGAAAGAGAAGCCCGAAGAGCAGGGGCCCAGAAUGGGUUUCUUUUCCAUUCUGACGGUCAAGUCGGCACUGUUGGCUCUCAGGUACAAUAUCUUGACCCUCAUGCGAAUGCUCAGCCUGAAGAGCCUGAAGAAACAGAUGAAGAAGGUGAAGAAGAUGACCGUGAAGGAUAUGGUCACAGCCGCCUUUUCAUCCUAUUGGAGUAUGUUCGCGAGCCUCCUGCACUUCGUGGCCAGUGUUUCCAGAGGCUUUUUCCGCAUCAUUUGCAGCCUGCUGCUGGGGGGCAGCCUGGUAGAAGGAGCGAAGAAGAUCAGAGUGGCAGAGCUCUUAGCCAACAUGCCGGACCCCACUCAGGAUGAGGUGAGGGGGGACGGCGAGGAGGGGGACAGGAAACCCAUGGAAGCCGCCCUGCCCUCAGAAGAUCUGACAGACCUGAAGGAGCUGACAGAGGAAAGCGAUCUUCUUUCAGACAUAUUUGGCUUGGAUCUGAAGAGAGAAGGAGGACAGUACAAACUCAUUCCCCAUAAUCCAAAUGCUGGCCUCAGUGACCUCAUGAGCAACCCGGUCCCCAUCCCCGAUGUGCAAGAAAAAUUCCAGGAACAGAAGGUGAAAGAGGAAGAAAAGGAGGAAAAAGAAGAAAACAAAUCUGAACCCGAAAAGGCGGAGGGAGAAGAUGGGGAAAAAGAAGAAAAAGCCAAAGAAGAUAAGGGUAAACAGAAGUUGAGACAGCUCCACACACACAGAUACGGGGAGCCGGAAAUUCCCGAGUCUGCGUUCUGGAAGAAAAUCAUAGCAUAUCAACAGAAACUUCUAAACUAUUUUGCUCGCAACUUUUACAACAUGAGAAUGUUAGCAUUAUUUGUCGCAUUUGCAAUCAAUUUCAUCUUGCUCUUUUAUAAGGUCUCCACUUCUUCUGUGGUUGAAGGAAAGGAGCUCCCCACUCGCAGUUCGAGUGAAAAUGCCAAAGUUAGCAGCCUAGACGGCGGCUCGCCCAGAAUCAUCGCAGUUCACUACGUCCUGGAGGAGAGCAGCGGGUAUAUGGAGCCCACGCUGAGGAUCUUAGCUAUUCUCCACACGGUCAUUUCUUUCUUCUGCAUCAUCGGAUACUACUGCUUGAAAGUCCCAUUGGUUAUUUUUAAGCGAGAAAAGGAAGUAGCUCGAAAAUUGGAAUUUGAUGGGCUUUAUAUUACAGAACAGCCUUCAGAAGAUGAUAUUAAAGGCCAGUGGGAUAGACUUGUAAUCAACACACAGUCAUUUCCCAACAACUACUGGGACAAAUUUGUUAAAAGAAAGGUUAUGGAUAAGUACGGAGAGUUCUAUGGCCGGGACAGAAUCAGCGAGCUCCUCGGUAUGGACAAAGCUGCUCUGGACUUCAGCGAUGCCCGGGAGAAGAAGAAGCCGAAGAAAGACAGCUCCCUAUCGGCCGUACUGAACUCUAUCGACGUGAAGUAUCAGAUGUGGAAACUAGGAGUCGUCUUCACUGACAACUCCUUCCUCUACCUGGCCUGGUAUAUGACUAUGUCCGUUCUUGGACACUAUAACAACUUUUUUUUUGCUGCUCAUCUUCUUGACAUUGCUAUGGGAUUCAAGACACUAAGAACCAUCUUGUCAUCAGUAACUCACAAUGGCAAGCAGCUUGUAUUAACCGUUGGCUUACUAGCUGUUGUCGUAUACCUAUAUACGGUGGUGGCAUUCAAUUUUUUCCGAAAAUUCUACAAUAAAAGUGAAGAUGGUGAUACUCCAGAUAUGAAAUGUGAUGAUAUGCUAACGUGCUAUAUGUUCCACAUGUAUGUUGGGGUACGUGCCGGAGGAGGUAUUGGUGAUGAAAUCGAAGACCCAGCAGGCGAUGAAUAUGAAAUCUAUCGAAUCAUCUUUGACAUCACCUUCUUCUUCUUCGUGAUUGUCAUUCUCUUGGCCAUAAUACAAGGUUUAAUUAUUGAUGCUUUUGGAGAACUAAGAGACCAACAGGAGCAAGUCAAAGAAGACAUGGAGACCAAAUGCUUCAUCUGUGGGAUAGGCAACGACUACUUCGACACGGUGCCACAUGGCUUUGAAACCCACACUUUACAGGAACACAACCUGGCCAAUUACCUGUUUUUUCUGAUGUAUCUCAUAAACAAAGAUGAAACAGAGCACACAGGACAGGAAUCUUAUGUCUGGAAGAUGUAUCAAGAAAGGUGCUGGGAAUUUUUCCCAGCAGGGGACUGUUUCCGGAAACAGUAUGAGGACCAGCUAAAUUAGACUCAGACUCAGAUCACCUCUGAAAACCAAAACAUACACAUUCACUCUUUCUGUCUCAGUCUCUCCCUUGCUCGCUCUCUCUCUGCUCUCUUGGAAACAUCUUGCUGAAUUUGUGAAUUGCCAGCAUUCUAUGCUUUCUGGGAGCAGUGAACUCUGUUUCUGAAGACCUGACUGUGCUUCCCCCCCCACCUUGUGUAUUUACUUUGAGAAUAAAGACUGAAGAGUAACCUAAACUCAUACACAAACUAGGAACUCUGGAAAGAACAGCGUUUUGGACACUCUCAAUCGUAAUGCCAACAGAUCGAUUUCCUUCCGCGACUCCUGGGAAGUCCCCUUGAGCUAUGGGACAGUCACAGAAAAGCGUGACAGCCACACUCAUCCGGCCUCUUUAUUUCACCAUCCUGAAAGGAACUUUCUAAUGGUCACAGAGCACUGUAGCACUUAAGAGAUUGCCGUGGACACCAGUUACGAAGGGAAAUAGUGCCUUACUAUAUGUGGGUUGAGCUAUGCAGAAGAUACGUGCAUGAAAAAAACAUCUUUAUUUUCUUUAUGUCGUUUUUUUUUUGUCCUCAGAUUGAUUUUGUGGGUUUUUUUUUUCUUUAUUCUUUUCUCUGGUGGGGGAGGGUAAGAAAAGCAGUUUGUGCGCACAUUUAAAAAAAAAAAAAAAAAGGACGGGUGGCCUGUCUCAGGAUGAGAGGAGGCUCUUCUCAUUCGCUAAAUUCACAUUUACCCUCCCCAUGUGCUCCUGCUCUUAUUUUGGUAAUGCUCUGAUGCAACAACGCAACUUUAUGAAAUCUUUGUAUGAAAACAAAAAGACUGCAAAAAAAAAUAUACUUUCAAAAGAAAUAAUUCAUUGCAUGUUUAUUAUGCAAGUUUAAAAGAACAAAGAAAACCUCCAGAAGCAAGCUGAUCAACGUAAGAGAACAUUCAUGAUAAUUAUAUUCAUAGUAAUAAAGUGUCGUGGGCUUAAUUGUACGUUCGGAGCCAGUGUCAUCCACCAACAAUGUGAUACAUUAUAAACUUGACAGUAGUUUUGGGGUUUUUUUUCUCUUUCUUUUGGCCACCUGUGAUCAGUUGCUGAUUAAGGACUUCUUGUCAGGCCAUUUUUUAAUAUCAAAGCUGAAGCAAUAUCCAUUCAGGGAUUUCAUCAGUUGCAUCAAAAAAAAAAAAAAAACCACGGAUGAUUAAUUAUCACUCCAUUUUGAGUCCUUUUAAAUGUAAUGCUUUAUCUUUACAAAUAAAAAGACAGAUUCAGAAUGGAAGCAAGAUCAUUUUGCAAACAUUGGAGCUCUUUUAUUACGAGUCUGCUUGUUAAUUUUAGAAUUGUAAAACUGCUCUGAUUAAACUGUUUCACUAA